AUGAGUCUUACUUCAUGCAGUAGCGACGAUUUCUCAGAAAAGGACAAGGCUACAAGCAGAUGGGACGGCUCUUCUAAAUCCAGAAAAUUAACUGAUCGCUUAAAACGUCUAGGAUUACUUCUUUUGGCUCCAACUUCUGAUAUAGGUAUUUCUUCAGCCUUCUUAAUUAUCUUUUAUUAUAUUUUAAGCCAAGUUUAUCAAAUUUUAGAUGAACUUUCAAGUUUUCUUUGGCUUGGUAUUCCAGACCACUGUCCUUUAUUUUACAGGUCUGACUCAUGGAGGAUUGUUUUGGUAACUUGUUAUUCCUUAAAUGAUCUUCAGGGUUAUCUAAGUUGUGUAAAAUCUGAAAGAAGUGAUUUGUUAUCGCAAAAACGGAAGGGCUAUUUUAAUAUGUGUUCUAAAUAUUAUUAUAAAGAUAAUUUCUCUGACCAUGAAAUGAAUAUACUUAAGCAGAUAAGAGUUGAUUUGCCUAGGACUAACCCGUCAUUUAAGAUCUUCAAAUACAAAAGACUGCAGGACUGCAUGGAGAGGAUCCUGUUUGUGUGGAGCUGCUUGAACCCAGACAGCGGAUACGUCCAGGGCAUUAAUGAUCUUUUGACGUUAUUUAUCAUUGUAUUUCUACGGCCAUACAUUAACAAAUUCAAUAUCAGCAUCGAUGAUAUAUCACUACUGAGUGAUGAUAGUUUGUCAGAAAUAGAGGCAGAUUCUUUCUUUUGCCUUUCGAGAAUAUUAUCUGAACUAAUAGAAAAUUAUACUGAGAAUCAGCCAGGGGUAUAUAGGUCCUUAAAAAGACUGUGCGAUUUGGUUAAAAGAAUAGAUUAUGAACUAUACAAACAUUUGGAGGACCUAAAUGUCGACUUCAUGCAGUUCCCAUUCCGCUGGAUGAACUGUAUGCUGAUUCGUGAAAUUCCCACCGAUUGCUCGAUAAGGCUAUGGGACACGUACAUUUCAGAAAUCAGGAACGGGAUGGUAACAUUCCAUGAGUACGUGUCAGUGGCAUUUCUGUGCUAUUGGUCCGAGCAGCUGAGGUCAAUGGACUAUCAACAUUGUUUGCUAUUUCUACAACAGCUCCCUACCUCCAACUGGUGCAUUAAAGAUAUAGACACUCUCAUCGCAAAAGCGUAUCAAAUUUACAUCUUUACAUAG